AUGCGCUUCCUGCUUCUCGCCCUCCUUGGACCUGCAUUAUGCAUGGCCGCUUGUCCAUAUGCUGGGCAGGAGAAGAGCCAGGCUACCUGUCCCUAUGCUCGACGGGCGCAAGCCGCGGCUCCUGAUGCCAAUGCCAAUCCACAUAUCCCUCGUGAGAUCACAGUUCCUCACGCAGAGGGCAAGAAGGGUGUAAUGUUGAUGAACCGCAUCAACCCGUCCUCGAUGCAACUCUACAUCGCCAAUGCCGACGGAACCAAUGAGCGCUUGCUGCUGGGCAACCAGUCGGUCUUUGAAUAUCACGCCAGUUUUUUUCCCGACAGCGAGCAUGUGGCCUUUACCACUGAGCGCAAUGGCGACGGUAACUCCGAUCUAUACAUGGUCCACGUUAACGGGAGUGGCUUGCGGCCCAUUGCGACAACUCCUGCCGUGGAGGAUGCGGUUGCUAUUUCUCCUGAUGGCAAAUACGCAGCGUAUGCGUCGACUCGCGAUGUAUACACCUCGAAUAUCUGGUUAACGAAUCUCGAAACCGGCUCCACGCGCAACCUCACGAAUCAGACCGGCAUUACAGGCAACCCAUACUCGCCGAGUGGCUUCUUUGCUCCGACCUGGUCUCCCGAUGGUAAACAUAUUGUCUUCUCUUCAGAUCGAAACACGGGGUGGACUGGUCACGACAAUGGAACCGGCUGGGAACAUACGCAGAAUCUGUCCAUCUACAGCAUCACCCCUCAGGGGACUGACUUCCGGCUAGUCUACAGUGAGUCGGCACUGAGCUUUGGGUCUCCCAAAUUUUCUCCGGAUGGAAAGCGCAUUGUCUUCUACGAGAUGACACUUCAGCAGACAUAUGACUCGCGGUCGUCUUUUGGGGAAGACAGCUUGGAAAAUCAAAUCGUUUCGGUGGACUUUGCAACAGGCACCGAUCGUCGCAGAGAGACCAACUCGAUUGGCUGCAAAGUCUACCCCCAGUAUGUUUCCAACGAUAAUAUCGCCUAUCUUGUGAAAGGAGGACCUAACGCCGGUCUCCACUAUACCGGCUCCUCCCACAAUGUCUCCGGUACCUUCCACUCUCCGUCCUGGUCUCCGGAUGGCAAGCAUGUGGUCUAUGAGAAGACCGGGUGGACAACUCGAGCUUUGCAGAAAAGGCUGUUCACUUGGGAUGAUGAGUGGGAGUACCGUUUUAUGGAUGCCUUCCCAGAUCUGUCGAAUGAUGGCAAGCUGGUUUUUACAUCGAAGCAAACGGGCACCCCGGGCAAUGCUUCUGUUUCUGUGAUGCUCCCAAGUGGACACAAAUUCAACGUGCCCUUUGGCACUUUCGAAGUGGUUCCGAACCCAGUCCCUUAUGCCUCAGUCUCCGAGGGCGGUGCUGGCUGCUUCCAACCCUCUUGGUCGUCUGAUGGCAAAUGGAUCACCUUUGGGCUGGGCUACUGGUUUCAAAGCCGCUCCUCCAAGCCCGGUUGGAUCUACCGAACUCGCUCGGAUGGAUCGUACUAUGAACAGCUGACGUUCGACUCCGAUAAUUCGGGUUCGAACGCGGGGUACCCGAGCUACUCGCCUGACGGCAAUCAAAUUGUCUAUCGAGUCUUUGAGCCGGAGUUUGGUCUCCGCUUGCUGAACCUGGAUACCAAUAAGACCACCACUCUCACAACCGAGCGAGACAAUCUACCUUUCUUUUCCCCCGAUGGCGAGUGGGUGCUCUUUACUCGAAAUGUGACCGACUUUUCUUCGGGACAGUUUUCCAACUAUGAGGUGUGCAUCAUCCGGCCCAACGGCACCGACUACACUCGACUGACCUGGUCGGCCGCCAAUGACGCCCACGCGGUCUGGACCGCUGACGGUCGAAUUAUGUGGUCGAGUGGAAUGUGGGGAUUUCAGGCGGAGGCUGCGACCUACGACGAUACCUUCCAGCCCUAUGGGCAGAUUAUGAUCAUGAACGUCGACGGCUCGAACAAGACGGUGCUCACGAAUAGUAUGUGGGAGGAUUCGAUGCCACGCUACGUUUUGAAUUCGGAUUAUUAUCCUUCGAGGUAG